CGCGGUAAAUGAGCAAAGCCAAUCCGGCCUAGAUGACUGCCGCCGCGCGCGAGCAGGCGCGAAGAUGAUUACCAUGGCUCUCAUCUUCAUUCUUCCGUGAGUAUACCAAGCUAAGUCGCUCUUUUCCAUUCUUCACAGCACUGGACCGGUUCCACGCGCACGAGUGAGCGCAAGUCGCGACACAAUGGCCGAGAAAGAUUUCCACAUCAGCAAAGAAACCCGCGUUCCAGAAUGGGAGCACGUCGCAGCAGCACGAGCAGAACAAGGCGGCAACCUCGAGAGCAGCAAUGGCAUCAAGACGCAUCGCAGUAGUCCAUUCGGCACAACAGCAGCCUGGUCCAGCACCUUCGAUCGCGUCCUCCCACCGCACCGCACGUACCUCCGCCUAAGCCGCAAGCGCUUCCUCAUAGUCCUGCUCUGCGCGUUCCUCGCCCUCCUCGCUCUUAUAAUCGGCCUUGCCGUGGGCCUGCAAAGCUCGUCUAAACCCCAGAACCUGCCACUUCCUUCCAACGCAGAAACCCACACGGGUGAGCUCACAUACUACGCGACCGGCCUCGGUGCCUGCGGCUACACGAACGCAGACGGCGACAAAAUCGUCGCAGUCUCCCAUCUCCUCUUCGACGCAGCAGGCUCGACGUCAAACAAUGGCGGAAACUCGAAUGCGAACCCUUUGUGUGGGAGAAUGCUGCGCGCGAAAAGGUACAAUGCUGCUGCGGGCGAGGAGCGCAGUGUAGACUUGAAGGUCGUGGAUCGCUGCACGGGAUGCCAGCCCACCGAUUUGGAUAUAACUCAGAAAGUGUUCGAAUACAUGGCGGAUGUUGAUCAAGGGAGAGUCGAUGUUACCUGGGCGUGGUUGUGAGAAUUGAGCAGUGAGUGAGUGGAAUUGGAGAUUGAUUAGAAGGAAUAUCUAUGCACGUUGAUACCCC